AUGAUAUCUGGUUUUGCAGAUUUCUUUAACAUCAAUCAUCUCGACAUGUCGAGUGAUGCCAACGAUGUGAUUGUUGUGCAUCACCCUGAUGGUCGCUUACAUAGCACCGACUUCAACGUCCGCUUCGGUAAAGUAAAAGUCCUUCGUCCGGGUGACAAAGUGGUGCGUAUUGAAGUAAAUGGCCAAAUGACAUCAGCAAUCAUGAAGAUUGGACCGAAUGGCGAAGCGUUUUGGUUGAAGACAACAUGCCUAUUGGAUGGGGAUUGCGGGAGACCGGAGUCGCCCGUUUUUGCCAGUGACGACUCGCAAGACACCGGAGCCUCGAUCACCUCUGCCGGAGGAGGGGAACUUCCCGUAAAAUCCCUACGGCACCGAUUAUUUGGCUCUUGGGGGAAAAACAAGUUUAAUGGGACUCAAGAUGACCCGGAAACGAGGAGCCAUCAACCUCUUAUCAAGCAAGAUUGCGAUGAACGCCUGCAUGUUAAUACGCAGGCGCAAUGUUCAGGUGCUGAUGCUGUUGAAUUGCAUCUCGCCGAGGAAACUGUUGUUGCGGCAGAGCGUGCGAUGCAGGAAAUCAAGCGGCUGUCGCAUCAGAAUCCCGAUUAUCUACGGGAUGUAGUGAUGGGUGACACCGAGGGUGAAGCGUGUUUACAGGAGCUAAGCGGAUUUCAGGACUAUACGAGGUUAAUGGUUGAUACGACGGAGGGAAGCAGCACUGCAGUGAACAGUACCGAAAUUACUGUUGGUGUUCCUGAUGAUGUUACACAGAUGGUGCAAGUAGAAACUUCCACCCAAGGUGGAGAUGGUUCUUUUUCCGACGUCGCUGCACUGGGUUCAUCAGCAAGUGAUGAGGGACUUGAGGCGUCAGCUGACGAUUAUAUUUUUGAGGAUGUUCAUCUUCCCGCGGACACUGAUGAAGGGGUAACAGCAGGUUGCAGCGGCACGCCACCGUGUGGCUCUUGUACACCUGCACGGAGUGUUGCACCAGUAACUCCCGUUCCUGAUGUUUGUGCCAGCAACCCUCCAUCACCGUGUGGCCCCACUCCGGAGGGGCAAGGGGCUGUGUCUCAACAAAAUGAUGUGCCGAGCAAGGCGACGGCAAGCAACUACAGUGGCAGUGGUACCAACGACUUGAAUUCCAAUGGCAUUACAUCAAGUGACGGGACAUACUUUACUCGCAGCCUCGUUCCCAUGGAAGCGGAUCUGUUAAAGCUAAACCUUGUCCCGGGGCACAAUCGCAUUCGCUAUAUUACGCACAGUUCCCUCCGUGGUGAAGUUGCUGUAGAGGCGAACGUGUACUUGUGGGACUCUACUGACCGCCUUGUCAUUAGUGACGUGGAUGGCACGAUCACGAAAAGUGAUGUUCUGGGCCACAUCAUGCCUUUGAUUGGUCGGGAUUGGACCCAUCCCGGUAUUUGCUCGUUGUAUAGCCAGAUUCAAAAAAAUGGCUAUCGUCUUGUAUACCUCACUGCACGAAGUGUUUCACAGAUAAGCAUGACGCGCAAAUUUUUGUGGAAUAUACAGCAGAAUGGAGUGUCACUUCCCAAGGGCCCGGUGCUUACAGCACCGAAGCGACUGUUCUCAGCGCUGGCGCAGGAGGUAGCGAUGAAAUCCCAUUUUUUCAAGAUUGCCUGUCUUCAGAAGGUGGUCAAUGCCUUCCCACAAAAAACUAAACCCUUCUACGCGGGUUUUGGAAACCGACUGAGUGAUAUGCUAAGUUACCUUGCCGUCAUGGUUCCGGAACAUAAAAUAUAUGUUGUCGACUCAAAGAGUUUGGUUCGCGUGGCGAAUGUGACAUCAACCUAUCAAAGGCUUGCGGAUGAUGUGGAUAGCAGUUUCCCACCAAUUGUGAGGCGACAUAACUUAAGUUAUGUUCAGUUUGGUUUAGGUUGUUCCGCGGGUGCGCAUAACGGGGGAGCUACAUUCAAAGGGAGCGAAGGAGAGCCUUUCUCCGAUGGCAGGCGUUUUUCUUCUUACAGCAGCGGCGAUAAAUUUAGUCCAACGCCCACCGGAAUUACCAACACCGCCUCGUUUAGUAGUCAAGGAACUUCUACGCACCCGUUGUCUGCACUUGGGAAUGGGCUUGGCCUCGCUGAUAUCGAUGCGCGUGGUUUGGAAAUGUCUGGAAUGAGUAAUCCCAGUGCGAGCGUCGCUGUAACCAACCGCACGAAUGACCCAACCUCCACAUAUAAGCCGUGCGAUGUCGUCGUUGACAGAGAAUUUGACUCUUUUGUGUACUGGCGUGCACAACCAACUGACAUGAUAGAAGGGGAAAGCAGCGCCUUCAAUACUAAGGCCGCUACAAACCUUGAGCAGAAGGAUCAGCAACCACGGGUAAUUAAUGAAAAAAAAGCUUCAUGGUUGCCUUUGGGUCUUGGUAACACAAGCAGCGAAAACUAUCAACAAGGUGACACUGUGUGA